AUGACUAUUGAGAAGGAAGUCAGUUCUGUUGCCGAAAAUCAGUUUUAUGAUGAUGUGACAAUGUUAGUUUGGGUUCAAUUAGUUUGUUCAGUUAUGGUCUGCUAUGUGCAUAUGCGGGGUGAAAUGCUUGAUGACAGGGUUGCAACAUUAUUGAUGUGCAUAUGCGUGGACUGGCUGGCUACAAUGUCUUCUAUGAUGCUUGUUUCUGCAGGUUUUGUGUGGUGCUGCAGUAGGAUAGCCAUGGCUUGUUUCUGCAGGUUUUGUGUGUCUGAAAAUAAUCCAUUGAUGGCGAUGCCUAUAGCAAAUCCAUCUCAAACUAUUGAUUUGGACAAACAUGAAGAUGGUAAUGUUCAAAAGAAAAAGAAAAGGAAAGUUGGAGAAGGUUGUGAUUCUAAUGCUAAUGAUUCUAAUGAUGGAGAUUCAGGUAAACAAAAACCUUGUAGGCCUAAAUCUUGGGUUUGGGAUCAUUUUACAAGAGACACUUUGGGUACUCGUGCUAAGUGUAAUUGGUGUACGAAGUCGUAUGCUGCUGAUUCACACAAAAAUGGAACCACCAAUUUAAAUAACCAUUUGUUGCAUCAAUGUAAAAAUAUUCCCAAGAGUGUUCUUGAUCCUACUCAAACCACUCUUAGCCUUCAAGAAGGCGGUAAAGCAACUAGUAAUAAUACACUUGUUGGUAUCCAUUUUGAUGUUGAAUUAUGUAGACAAGCUUUAGCUAGAAUGAUAAUUGUGGAUGAGUUGUCUUUUUCGUUUGUUGAAAAUGAAGGAUUUCGUUAUUUUAUGAGUGUUACACAACCUAGGCUCCCACUUCCGGGAAGGAUUUCAAUUAUUGAAAAGUGUUUGGAGGGUUGGAUGAUAGAUAAGGUUUUCACCAUCACAAUUGAUAAUGCUGCUUCAAAUGAUGUUGUGAGGCAAACAUUAAACAAAAUGUUUGAAAGCUAUAGUCUUUUCUUAAAUUUUGACAUCUUGAAUUGGUGGAAGGUAAAUUCCACCAAAUACCCUACUCUUGGUAUAAUGGCUAGAGAUAUCUUGGCUAUGCCAAUAUCUACUGUUGCUUCGGAGUCUGCUUUUAGCACCGGGGGUAGAGUUCUUAGUUGUUAUAGGAGCUCUCUUACACCAAACACUGUUGAAGCUUUGAUAUGUGCACAAAAUUGGUUAAGAUCUUCCCCUUUGAAAGUGGAUAUUGAAGAGCACUUGGAAGACUUGGAGAAGCUCGAACAAGAAAUGGCUCCGAUCCCGCAACUAAAUGAAGGAUUUUCUGAUAUUGAAUCUGAUUAG